UCAAGUAAAUUGGACACAAUAUGGCGACAACAACAAUGGAGCCACCUCUGCUCAGUUAUGGGCGUUCCAUGUCACGUGUUCCAAGAUACAAGAAAGUCAUGAAAUUACCAAAGAAACAACCUAAUCUACAAGAAAAAAGAGAUCAGUCUGAUAAACCCGAAGGAAACGCAUUGCAAAAAGUGGGAGCUUUUGGUGUUUCUGUCAAGAAAAAUCAACUCACCACGGAUUACUUAAAGCAUUCUCGAGCGACGUCAGAUCGUCAAACCUCACCGAUCAAGGAAUUGGUCGAGGAAGAGGAAAAUGCGGAGGCGGAAGAAAAUAAUAGCAGCGACAUCAAGCGACUGCCAGCAGUAGAAAUAUCAAUCAGAAAGAAAAUUAAGAGGCGAAUCAUGAUAAGACAUUCAGUGAAUACAGAAACUCUGGAAUCGUCUGACAAACAAGUGUUAGAGGAUUUACGAAACGAUUUGAGAACUCAGACGAGGGACCACAGAGGAGAGAAAAGUAUAUUGGAAGCCAUUGGUGAUCCUAAGUUAAGAGAAUCUCGAUUUUCCUACGAGCCGUUGAAGCAAUUUCUCGCCGGAAAUGAGAAACCGGGUGCCGGUAAAGAGCAACGCAAAACUCCGUUCCUGAAAACCGUGAAUGGUUAUGCAAUAAACAAUGAAUUUCCUUCAGACAUACGAUUAAUGAAUGUUACGGUACCUCCAAAUCAAAAGCAUUUUAACACCCCUGACCCUCGUUUCGCACACUCAUUCAACUCUUCUCCUUUCCGUGCUAGUGCAAAGCAAAGUUAUCCAAAUUUUCCAAAAGUCCCAACUUUUCGACAGUUACGCUCGAAUAAAGAAACGCGGGAAAAGGACCGAUUACACACAAAAACGUCACAGCCACCAAGUGGAGAACCAGCACAAGUGCAGUACAAUUUAUCGCCAUCUAGCGGAGUAAAAAAUGACAGUGAAAAUGGACGAAAAACUGAAUUCAGUUUGCCGUUCAUAUCUUUACACAUGCAAGACGGUGAAUCAGCCCCACCGUUAUCCACUGAAGAACAAAAAAGAGUCGCAAAACGGAAAAUUUUUACACAACCUGUAGAAAACCAAUCUAAGCGCCCACAAAGAGCAACGAGGCCGAGAGUGUGGCGUCCGCAACCACAAGUGGGCAGUCGAACAGCAAAUGGAGUAAAACUUACACCGACAGGAAAAGCUCAUCUAAUCGGUCCAAUGAAUAAAAUGGACAUGAUCGUUGAAUAUAGCAAGUUACUACAGAACAAAGUUAUAAACUAUGAGCAAUAUGUCAACAAAUUGUCCAAACUUUCGUUACACAAAAUUGAUCUGGGAAACAGCGGACUUAGGCAUUAUCAUAUAGUAAGAGAUGAUUCAACUGGAAUGAAACAUCGACUUGCUCGUGUAGAUAUCUACCCGUCACAAAAUGUCUCAGCAGAACAUGAAAACAUUCCAUCAUCUCAUGAUAAAAUGCUGUCCAGAUCCAACAAAAAUAAACGUUCUUACAGAUGGACGGAUAAUUCUGAAAAAGACAAAACUGAUUAUCAUCGCGUAUCCACUGUUGGGCAAAGCCGUGCUGGAGUAUCAACUUCAUUUGGAGGACAAAGCAACAAUCCGUACGACACCUCUUCCCCUUAUAAGAACAGUCAACUCCGCAUGAGCCGGGUUUCUAUUGGAGAAGGCAUAUCUGAGUCUCAGUACGAACAUUACAAUACUGGGUAUGACGUAGGCAAUGACGAAUAUUUGACCUACGAUGACGUCAUAAGAUUGCAAGGAACCGAUAUGGACAGAUAUCGCCAUGUACAUCGGCCCCAUCCUAAUGAAAAGCUUAAUUAUAACUGGUCACACGUCCCACCUAACACAAGCAUGGGCCGUUCAGGAAACAUGAUAGGCGCCCAAGGAAUGUCGAGACACAUGAAUCCUAGUCACGAACUAUACAAAGGCAACUCAGGGAAACUUUUACCAAAUUCGCGUGAGAUCAAAAAACGUUUGAAUUUCUCUUACCCAUCUUACAACUAUGCGGUCGAUGGGUCGGCUCAACCCACUGGAGGAGAUCCGGAGAGAACGGUAACACAAGCAAAUGACAAAUUGGGGGAAGAUCCAAGCCAUGACCCCGAUUACCUGGCAAUCACUCUUGAUCAACGAACUGAGAAAGCACCUUCGCCGGAACCACUUACAGUGACGUCAUCACUUUCAGUUCAUGACGUCACAAUUCCAACCGAAGUAAAAGUCAUCACUAGCGCAAUGCCUCAGAAAAACAGUGGUAUCCAAAGAAAAGGUCUAACAUUGGGAAACAAAGACCCGGUCGUAAAAGAGACAAGUUCGAGUCCUUUCAAAGGCGCUUUUGACAUUUUGAACAUUACUCCUGUAGCUAUUACGAGCUCAAGUGCCGUUAACCCUAGUCCAGGCAGCAACAAAACUCCUUAUUACGUUUCCCAAGAUGAUUUUGCGGCUACCGGUACGGAUGGGGUUCUACAGUCGCAUCUGAGCACAAUAUACAAAUCCAUAAGCAAAGCCAAGUCCAAAAAAGGCGAGCCCGUAAUUCAACAACCGUCUCAUCCUGGUAAAAACUCACCACCUGACGUUCAUAUAACGAAAAUGACAUCUACGAAAAGCUCUCUAUCUCCAGAAAUUGAAAAAACUGUAACAGAAAACGCGAAAUUGCUUCAGCCAAACGAAAGGUUACCGCCACCGAACACACCACCACCAAAACUGAUGCAGGCUAAUGAAGAAGCAACACCUGCCGAGCCACAGAUCCGAACUUUAGUCGUGCCGGAGAAAAAGGGAAGUGUUACGUCACAAUCGUCUUCUUCGUCAGGCGUGUCUUCAACGCUUUCAGUUCCAGACAUCCCAUUGGCUGGUUCUCCUCCCCCCACAGCGUACCUUAUACAAUCCAGAGAAGACGAAAUUACUAGCGCCGAAAGUGACGACGGCCUGAAUGACUUUGCUGACGUCAUCACCGUGAACGUAACAAAUGCACAAAAUAACGACAGCGCCCCUAGUGACGAAAAUUUGAAUCUGGUAACCCUCAUGGUCCCGACGAGUGGAGUAACCGCCAAUGAAAUGAAUGAAAAACUACAAACUCCGGCAGAGGUUGCGAUUACCACAUAAAAACUAUCUGCCUUCUCGUUGCAGAUGUGCACGUACAACUUGUGUAUAUCAUGUACGGUUUUUUAUAUCGCAGUAUGAAGAAAUGUUGAUUGUCUUGCUACUAUUCCACGCAAAAUUUCUCAACUAUCAAUAUGAAAUACGAAAGAUUUUUUUUUAUAUUUUCUAUAGUCGUUUCUUCAAAGAACUAGAAGCGUUUAGGGUCAAUAUUGCUUUUUCUAUUUAUUGCGUCCGAAGUGAGAUGCUGAGAUGGAGACUGAACUCGAUUGAAAACCGAUGUAAAAGCGUCCAACUACCAAGCAGUACAUGUAGCGAUCUUGUUACUGCCUGUUAUUUCUGACAGCGUUCUGAUCA